CGCGAGCCGUCCGCGCAGGCGCAGAUGGGCUGACAUUCUGGCCGAGUGGGGCCUUUUCACCUGAGGCGCCCUCCGGCCUUUCCCGCUCUUCCCAGGCGGAGGAUGCGCUUCCCUUGAGCGGCAUGGCGGAGCCGGUUCCGGCGGCGGGGCUGAGGCUGCGGGAGGAGCGGCUGCCGGGUGCCGAGGGCGGCGAGAGUGAGGCGGAGCUCUCCCUGGGCCUGGCCCGCGUGAAGGCCCGCUCCUACGGCAGCACCGCCUCCGCCUGCGCCCCCCUCGCCCACCGCCUCCGCCCGCACCGCCUCCGCCCCGGAGACACCCUCCAGGGCCUCGCCCUCCACUACGGCGUCACGAUGGAACAAAUAAAAAGGGCAAAUAAACUGUUUACAAAUGACUGUAUGUAUCUGAAGAAAACAUUGAAUAUCCCUGUUAUAUCUGAGAAGCCAUUGCUAUUUAAUGGACUUAAUGCACUGGAGUCUCCUGAGAAUGAAUCUGACAGCCUGUCGUCUUGUGAAGAAGGUCCAGUGACAGUUCAAGAAGACAACUCUUCACCCAGUCCUCCAGAAACUGACAGUCUGCCUCCUCCACCCGAAGAGUUAUCUGCCAAAGAUUUUCUACACAGACUGGAUUUACAGAUUAAGUUGUCCAAGCAGGCAGCUCAGAAAUUAAAACCAGAAGACAGCAGCAGGGAGGACGAUGAAGAAAAUUCCUAUGCAACUUCUUCCUAUCAGCAGUAGAAGAUUGUGAAGAGCUCGACUGAAAGCAGUUCUUACAGAACUAGAUAUCUGAAGUUUCAAAAGCAAAUCUUUUGGAUUGAUUUUAUUAUGAUGUACUUGUUACAAGUCGAACACAGAUGAUUCCAUUAAAUAUACUUGCACUAAAAUGAUUUCGUCUUCUGCCUUCUGCAGGCCGGUGUCCUUUUACGAUCCAUUAAAAAAGGAAGUGAGCCUUCCAGCACUAGCGAUUGCCUUCAUUGUUUCUGCUAUGGAAACAUAGCACAGUAGCAACAAGGCUUUGCUUCCAACUAAAGUAUUCCCCAUAGAAUCAAUUUCUGAAUAAUUUGUGGUGCAUAUCUCAUUGAUUCACUGGGUCUUCUUUACUUGGGACAAGCAAUUGGAUUUAGCAGCUCAUCCCGGACACCAUUUUGUUGCAGGAUCUUUGAGUAAGAGAUGUACAUACUUGUAAAAUGACGUGUAAAAGGGAUGAAAUAUUUAUGAUAGAAAUCAUUUUCAUGGAGCCUUGAGGCAAAUAGGCUUGCCAUGCAAACUGUCUUGAGUAUCAAAGCUGGAUUGGGUGUGUCUGUGUGUUUGUUUGUAAGUGAACAGAUAUAUAAAAUACAUGUAUAAAAACAUUGGUGUUCUCAAACCAGUUUUAGCCAGUAGUUUUGAGAAUACUAUGUUGGAGUUUUAAUGUGUAUACGACAAAAUAUUUUGUGUGAAAACUUCUUUUUUUAAAAAAAAACAAAGGGAAAUCAAAUAGUUUAAUGUAUUUUUCCUUGUGUUACAAUGUACAUGGCUUCUUUCAGAAAUAUAUAACUUUCAUGUGAUAAAUAUAAAAUGCACUUUAAGAAAGUGACUUAUAUUUGUUGAUCUACCUGUUUGGACAGAAAGCACAAAGCGUCUAGUUAUUUGCAAGCUCAUUUUAAAAUAUAUUUUUGUGUUUCACUUUGGCUGUAUUAAAAGUUCUGAAGUUGUCA